GUGGUGGCGGGCGGACGUCACGUGAUCACUCAUGUGACGAGCGAAAGUCAAAACAGGAACAAAAUGGCUGCAACUGGCGACGACGCCGCAGCAAUGGACAGCAUCUCCAGAGCUCCGGCGGCCCAGCUAGCGGCUCUGAACGCGGCUGCGAGUUCCAGCAGCCCGGCUGAAGCUCCGGAGGAGGCGGCGGAGCUACCGGCGGUCGCUCCCAAGAAGACCAGCACCAACAGUGAUGGAGGUGUGGAGACAGCAGAGGAGGCUGUGGAGCCUGCAGAGCCAGAUAUCAACGAGUUGUGCACUGACAUGUUUGAGAAGAUGGCCAUCUUCUUGCAAGGAGAACUAACAGGAACUUGUGAGGAUUACCGUCUGUUGGAGAACAUGAACAAGCUCACCAGUCUGAAGUACAUGGAAAUGAAGGACAUCAGCAUCAACAUCAGCCGUAACCUGCAGGAUCUCAACAACAAAUAUGCCAGCUUACAGCCCUACUUGGACCAGAUAAAUCAGAUCGAGGAACAGGUGUCUUCACUUGAACAGGCUGCCUACAAACUGGACGCGUACUCCAAGAAACUGGAGGCCAGAUUCAAAAAACUGGAGAAGCGAUGAGGAGGGGAAGAAGUUAUGAGAGUUAUGGACGCCUUCUCACCUUCUUUAACCCUGCUGCCUCGCCAUCCUCCUCCUCCCUGCCAGCGGAGCCAGGAGCUGCGGGGAGGAUGUGAACUGAGACUGAAACAACAAACAGUCAGAGCCACUUUGACACCUAGAAAGGACCCAGGAGGAAGCAGCUGAAGGCACAUGAAUUAGUACCGCAGUGCUCGGCUUAGAUUUAACUCCAGUAUCACCGAUUUUGGCAGCGGUCGUGCAGCCAAGAUGAACCAGAGCGUAUGGUCGGUACCCACAUACUUGUGCAGAUCAACUUUAUGAUGAAUACAUCUGCCUAAUUACUAGCAUAUCUUCACUGAGUGGUGGAAUCAGAUUAUACUAAUUCACUACUAAACAUAAAGAAACAGAUUGGCAGAGACUUGUACCAUCGGAUAUAAGAACACUUCUGUCAUAUGUAGAUAUUUACACGAUGAAGCAUGCUCAUAGAUGUGUUUUAAUAAAGUCCCAGCCUUCUUAUUCUGAUCAUUCAGGCAACCAACCUAUUGACAGAUAGUAAUAUUCCACUUAGUAAUAGUAGCCUGACAUGUACAUUGGAGUUAUUUGUUGUUACACAUGUAUUUGUCUGAGCAGUGUGAAUAUACUGAACACAAACUGGUUAAUUUAUAGAGAGAUUGCUACAAAAAAAGGUCACAAUGUAGAGCAGCUGGAAAUCACACUCUGUCUGUAGAGAGUUUAAAGUUUGCAGUUUGAUAUGAAGAAUAUUUGAUAAUGAUGAAUUAUUGUAUUCUAUCUAGAGAUUUUGACACCAACUGGAGUUUUUUUUUUUAAAUAAACCUGAUGAUGUGCAUAUC